AUGGUCCGAGCCUUGCUCGAUCAGGGUUCGCAAGCAUGUUUUAUUACAGAGGCCGUAGUUCAGCUGCUCAACCUGAAGAAACUCCCGAUCCAAGGAACUAUCUCGGGCCUUGGCGGCAAUAGUUUAACCAAAGCAACGUACAUGGUACGUUUAAAUAUAAAAUCGCGAGUAGAUCCUGUAUUCAGUCUUACGGUUAACGCUUACGUACUUACCAAAAUCACGUCAUAUUUACCUGAAUACAAAGUAUUACUACUUUAG